UUAGAAUCUGAUUCAAUAAGCCAAGUAAAAUUAGGCUUUUAUUUUUUGUUGUUGUUGUUGUUGUUAAUGCUCACGCAAAAUUCAAAUCUUGCGUGAAUUUUGGGACACCCUUUAUUUAAAGACUGCCAUCUGGCUACUUUGAAGUUCUCCACAGGCAAAGAAGAGCAUUGCUCUAUUGGCUGGGAUGAUAAUGAGGAACCCCAUAGGAUGUCACUUAGCACUACCAUAUCCUGUGAUUAAAGUCAGUGGCAGGGUGACUGGGCCCAGACUUCUCAGGAAUGAAGGCUGGGGUCACCCCACCAGGUAGGGAACCAGGCAUGACCCGCUGAGAUGUUCGCUGAGGGCCUGGGCUGGGUAGUGGAAGAUGACGGCUAUAAAACCCAGCAACCAUGUGACCGGUUGCAGAAUUGAGGGCUGUAACUAUCAUGCAUAUUUCUUCCUUGUUGGUUAUGCACGCUUGCAUAGUCAUACACAAACAUGCAUGUUUAUAUACAAAUACUGAAAGCAAAUAUUUUUAUUUUCUUAUCAUUUAACCUAAGAUGAAUUACUAACGGUUAACCGUGCAUCACAGGAUGGAAGUUACAGGAGCUCACGGAGAAGAGUGACAGCCGCCCAGGGACGGGGCCUCCUCUCCUGCGGAAAGACCCCACGAUGCCUGCCUUACUCCACCGGUUCUCCCCGCAUCCAGAUCAGCCACCUGCCCAUCGCCAGCCGCCAGGAGGAGUGGGUGGAAGACAAGUCCAUGGAGGUCUCCAUGCAGAACACGUCUGUGAUCUCCAAGGAGGCCCUGGGGCGCCUGCUGACCUAGCCUUUCCCCCAGAUAAUCAGCAGCCCCGGAGGCAGUAGAAGACAGAGUCCGGACCUGAGUAGUGGGCAGGCUCAAGGUCACAUCUUGACCUAAAUUAUGUUCUAGCCUCGGAGCCCUAAGGUGGAGUGGGCCCCUGCGGGACACUGGAAGAGACGUCAGAGGUGCCGCACCUCCAAUUGGACAUGCCGUUUGCGAAGCUAACUGGACCCUGCGAAGCUAAUGUUGUCUGAAGCUGACCACUGGAGGCCUGCCCUAUGGAAACAACCAGCAAAUCCAGCUCAAGGCACAGGACUCAGCCCCGGUACCCAUGAGACUGUCUCCACGGACACCCUAGAGCAUCUAUGAUGAACCAGGAAGCCAAGGCCAGCUCCUCAUGGACCCCAUUAGCUUCCGGCUGGGCACCAAGAACCAGUGGGGUUGGCUCGUGAGUCUGCUCAGCAAUGACCCAGAAUGGCUGAGUGCCAAGGUGAAGUUCUUCCUCCCCAGCAUAGACCUGGGCUCCAGGAACGAGGACCCAGACCCCACACAGAGGGUCCUCCUACAACUCAGGGAGCUGCACACCCAAGGCCUGGCCACCUGGCAGGCCUUCAUCCACUGUGUGUGCAUGGAGCUGGAGGUGCCCCUGGAGCUGGAGGUGCAGCUGCUGAGCACGUGGGGCCAUGGAGACGGGUUUCCCGGUCCUUUGGAAACGGGUGCAGAAAGCCAACCUGAACCUCUGCUCCACCUCGGCCUCAAGCGGCCUCGUCAGAGCUGCGGGUCCUCACCCCGCCGGAAGCAGCUCAGGAGGCAGCAGCUCGAACUGGCCAAGAGGUACCUACAGCAGCUGAGGACCUCGGCCCAGCAGCGCUAUGGCGGCGAGCUCCCGGGGCCAGGGCAGCCCCUCACCUUCCACCAGGCCUACGUCCCCCCAAUCCUGCAGUGGAGCCGGGCCACAGCACCCUUCAGCACUCAGGAGGGGGCCGUGCCGGGGAGCCCCAGGGCAGAGGAUGGUGCUGACGUGAGCCUCCAGGACCUCUUCGGCCCCAGGGCGGACAAGGGCCCGAGGGUGAUGGUGCUCCUGGGGAAGGCGGGCAUGGGCAAGACCACGCUGACCCGCUGGCUCUGCCAGAAGUGGGCCGACGGCCAGCUGGACCGCUUCCAGGCCCUGUUCCUGUUUGAGUUCCGCCAGCUCAACCUGCUGGCGGAGGCCCUGACGCUGCCCCAGCUCCUGUUCGACCUGUGCCUGCGCCCCGAGGAGGGCCCCGACGCUGUCCUCCAGUACCUGGAGAAGAACGCCAAGGGGGUCCUGCUCAUCUUCGACGGGCUGGAGGAGGCCCUCCACCCCCAUCCCAGCGGGGAGACCGCGGGCCCCGAGGCGCCAGCCCCAGCCCUCGGCCUCUUCUCUGGCCUGUGCCGGGGGACCCUCCUGCCCGGCUGCAGGGUCAUGGCCACCUCCCGGCCAGGGAAGCUGCCGGACUGCCUGCCCACCGAGGCGGCCACCAUCCACCUGUGGGGCUUCGACGGGCCGCGGGUGGAGGAGUACGUGGGCCGCUUCUUCGGCAACCAGCCGGCCCGGGAGGCGGCCCUGGCGGAGCUGCGGGCAAACAGACACCUCCGGGGCAUGUGCGCGGCGCCCGCCCUCUGCCGGAUCGCCUGCCUCUGCCUCCGCCAUCUGCUCCCGGACCUCUCUCCGGGCCAGUCUGCGGCCCUCCUGCCCACCGUGACUCAGAACUACGUGCAGAUGGUGCUCGCCCUCAGCCCCCGCGGGUACCGGGCUGCUGAGUCCCUGAGGGGCCUGGGGGAGGUGGCCCUGAGGGGCCUGGAGACGGGAAAGGUGAUCUUCUCUGCAGGAGACAUCCCUCCUGCCAUGAUGGCCUUCGGGGCUGCCCUGGGCCUGCUGACCUCCUUCUGCGUCUGCACAGGCCCCAGGCAGCAGGAGCCGGGCUAUGCCUUCACCCACCUCAGCCUGCAGGAGUUUCUGGCUGCCCUGCAUCUGAUGGCCAGUCCCGAGGUGGACAAAGACGCGCUCGCCCGCCACGUCACCCUCAAUUCUCGCUGGCUGCUGCGGACCAAAGCCAGACUGGGCCUCUGGGACCACCUCCCCAUCUUCCUGGCGGGUCUGGCAUCCUCUGCCUGCUGUCCCUUCCUCCGCCACCUGGCAGAGCGGGGUGAGGCGUGGGUGGGCGCCAAGCAGGCCGCAGUCAUACAGGCGCUGAAGAAGUUGGCCACGCGCAGGCUCACGGGGCCCAAGGUGGUAGAGCUGUGUCGCUGUGUGGGCGAGACACAGGAGCCGGAGCUGGCCAGCCUCAUGGCCCGAAGCCUCCCCUGCCAGCUGCCCUUCCACAACUUCCCGCUGACCUACGCCGACCUGGCUGCCCUGACCAACGUCCUGGGGCACAGGGAGGCCCCCAUCCGCCUGGAUUUCGAGGGCUGCCCGCUGGAGCCCCGCUGCCCUGAGGCCUUGGCAGGCUGUGGGCGGGUGGAGAGUCUCAGCUUUAAGAGCAGGAAGUGUGGGGACGCCUUUGCAGAAGCCCUCUCCAGGAGCUUGCCGACAAUGGGGAGCCUGAAGAAGCUGGGGUUAGCAGGAAGUAAGAUCACUGCCCGAGGCAUCUACCACCUGGUGCAGGCUUUGCCCCUCUGUCCACACCUGGAAGAGGUCAGCUUUCAGGACAACCAGCUCAAGAACCAGGAGUUGCUGAGCAUCGUGAAGGUCCUCCCUUGCCUGCCGACGCUCCGGAAGCUUGACCUGAGCCACAACAAUGUCUCCACGGCGACCCUGCUGGGCUUGACCAAGGUGGCAGUCACGUGCCCGACUAUCAGGAUGCUGCAAGUCAGGGAGGCGGACCUCAUCAUCCUUCUCUCCCCGCCCACAGAGACAGCUGCGGAGCUACCUGGAUCCCCAGCCCUACGGGGAGACGCCGGCCAGAAAGAGGCUCAGAGCAGAAGCUUGGCCCUCAGGCUGCAGAAGUGUUGCCUAACCGUCAGGGACGUGGAGAUGCUCAUAGCCCAGCUCCGGGAAGGCCCCCUCCUGGAGGAAGUAGACCUCUCAGGGAACCAGCUGGAGGACAAAGGCUGUCGACUGGUGGCAGAGGCUGCCCCCCAGCUGCGCAUCGCCGGGAAGCUGGACCUCAGUGACAACGGGCUCUCGGUGGCGGGGGUGCCCUGGGUGCUGAGGGCAGUGAGCACGUGCCGGAACCUGGCAGACCUGCACAUCAGCCUCAUGCACAAGCACAAAACUGUGGUUCUCACGUUUGCCCCAGAACCGGAGGAGCAGGAGGGGACCCAGGAGAGAGCUGCGUUUCUUGACAGCCUUACGCUCCGCGUGUCCUCUGAGCUGCCCCCAAGCUCCCCGAGGAUCAGGCUGACACACUGCGGCUUGCAAGCUGAGCACCUGGAGCAGCUCUGCAAGGCCUUGGAAGGAAGCUGUCGCCUGGGCCACCUCGACUUAUCAAAGAAUGCUCUGGGGGACGAAGGUGUAGCCCAGCUGGCUCGGUGGCUCCCAGCGCUGGGCGCUCUGCAGUCCUUGAACCUCAGUGAGAACCGCUUGUCGCUGGACGCUGUGUUCGGUUUGGCCCAGUGCUUCUCUGCGGUGCCGUGGGUCCUCCAGCUGGACACCAGCUUCGAGAGCCAGCACGUGGUCCUGAGAGGCGGCGGAAGAGCCAGGCAUCUGCCGGCCCGCAGCCCUCCGCCAGCGUCCCCCGCCCAAGCCCAGUCCUCGGGGUCCGGUCAGCGCUGCGUCCCCAGGAGCUUCUGCCUCAGGGAGUGUCGCCUGGAGGCCCUGAGCCUCACCCACCUCUGCGAGGCUCUGGAGAAGUGCCCGGGGCCCCUGGAAGUCAGAUUGUCCUGCGUGGUGCUGAGCGACCAGAGCCUGGACACCCUGCUGGGGCACCUGCCCCGGCUCCCCCAGCUGAGCCUCCUGCAGCUGAGCCAGACGCCACUGUCCCCGAGCAGCCCCUUUCUGCUGGCUCACCUCCUCGGCCUGUGCCCACGAGUGGAGAAGGUGGAUCUCAGCUGGAGGUUGAGUCAGAGAGCUUUGCCCCUAGAGGCGCUGACUCAGCGGGGCUGGGCUGAGUUCGAAGACUUUGCAUCUCAGCAACCCCAGAAAGUCCAAGCUUGGGGGAGGCCACACCAGGACAAGCCAGGGCGGAGUGGGUCUGAGUGGCUCACCGCCCCAGCUCCGGCUCGUUCCCCCUCCCCCAGCAGGUUCACGGGCUGCGGCCUCAGCCAGAUGCACGUGGAGCCACUGUGUGAGUUGCUGAGGAAGUGUGAGGACCUCAGCCAGCUGGAUCUGUCAGCCAACCAGCUGGGUGACGACGGGCUCAGGUGCUUGCUGAUGUGUCUGCCUCGGUUGCCCAUCUCGGGUUCUCUUGACCUGAGUGGUAACAGCAUCUCUCAGGAAGGUGCCCUGUGCCUGCUGGAGACCCUCCCUUCCUGCCCACGCAUCCAGGAGGCCGCCGUGAACCUGGGCGCUGAGCAAAGCUUCCGGAUUCACUUCUCCCGACAGGAGGAGGCUGGGAAGACCUUGAGGCUCAGGGAGUGCAGCUUCAGACCAGAGCACGUGCCCAGACUGGCCGCUGGCCUGAGCCAGGCCUGGCACCUGACGGAGCUCACGCUGAGCCGGUGCUGCCUGGGCCUGCAACCCCUGACCCUGCUCCUGCGUCUGCUGAGGCGGCCGGAGGGGCUGCUCCGGCUCAGGGUGGAGGAGCCGUGGAUGGGCAGAGCUGGGGUGCUCACCCUGCUACAAGUCUGCGCCCAGGCCUCGGGCAACGUCACCGAGAUCAGCAUCUCUGAGAGCCAGCAGCAGCUCUGCCUCCAGCUGAAAUUUCCCCGUCAGGAGAACCCAGAGGCCGUGGCCCGCAGGUUGGCUCGCUGUGACCUCGAGACCCACCACAGCCUUCUUGCCGGGCAGCUGAUGGAGACGUGCACCUGGCUGCGGCAGCUCAGCUUGUCCCAGGUGACCCUCUGCCACGCCAGCUGCCAGCUGCUGCAGAGCUCCCUGCUGCCCCUCUCGGAGCUGAAGACCUUCCGGCUGGCCUCCAGCUGCGUGAGCUCCGGGGGCCUGGCCCCCCUGGCGUCUGGUCUGAGCCGCUGUCGCCACCUCGAGGAGCUGGACUUGUCUAACAAUCAACUUGGCGAGGAGGCCUCCACGGUGCUGGUGGGGGCCCUUGAAGACAAGAGCUGGCUGAGGAGGCUCGACCUCAGCCACUUCCCCCUGGACGACUCCACCCUGGCUGUACUCGUGCAAGGACUGAGCCACAUGCCCCGCCUGCAGAGCCUCUGCCUGAGUGGGGACGACAUUGGUGACGUCGGCUGCUCCCGCCUUGCCAAGGCCCUCGAAGCCGCCACCAGCUUGGAGGAGCUGGGCUUGAGCCACAACCGGAUUGGAGACGCGGGUGCCCAGCACUUGGCUGCCGUCCUGCCCGGGCUGCCUGAGCUCCGGAGGGUAGACCUCUCAGCGAAUGGCAUCUGCUCGGCUGGGGGAGUGCGGUUGGUGGAGUCCCUCGCCCUUUGCAAGCACCUGGAGGAGCUGAUGCUCGGCUGCAAUGCCCUGGGGGACCCCACAGCCCUGGGGCUGGCCCGGGCGCUGCCCCCGCGCCUGAGAGUCCUGCACCUGCGGUCCAGCCGUCUGGGCCCAGAGGGGGCGCUGAGCCUGGGCCGGGCCCUGGACGGAUGCCCGCAUUUGGAAGAGAUCAGCUUGGCAGAGAACACCCUGGCCGGACAGGUCCCCCACUUCCGUCGGGGGCUCCCGCGGCUGAGGCAGAUAGACCUGGUUUCCUGUGAGAUCGAUGACCAGGCUGCCAAGCUCCUCGCUGCCAGCUUCAUGCUCUGCCCGGCCCUGGAAGAAAUCCUGUUGUCCUGGAACCUGCUUGGGGACGAGGCGGCUGCCGAGCUGGCCCAGGUCCUGCCUCGGAUGCAGCGGCUGAAGAGUGUGGAUCUGGAGAAGAAUCGGAUCACAGCGGACGGAGCCUGGCUCCUGGCUGAAGGGCUGGCGCGGGGCUCUGGCAUCCAAGUCAUCCGGCUCUGGAACAACCACGUCCCCCCAGACGCGGCCCAGCGUCUGCAGAGCCAGGAGCCCCGGCUGGACUUUGCCUUCUUCCCCAACGAGCAGCAGGCCCCUCGGGGGACUUGAUGGCCCCUCACACCCUGUGGAUCCAGCCCAGUGAUGCCAACGUGCGCCCGCCCGGACGGAGGCUCAGGAAGAGCCUCAGCGGGCGCCCCGGUCCCUGCCCCAGGAGGGCGGGCCACGCGUGUCCUGCUACAGUCUUCAGGGAGGCCUUUGUGAGAAGCAGGGGCCUCGCGUGGCCAACCGACCACCUUGCAUCACACGUGACAUGCAUGACCGGGAGGGACGUGUGGCCUAAUGAGGGUGUCGUGAUGUGAUGCAUGACACAGGAGGUCACACGCGGCAGAGUUCCACGUGACAUUGCAUGGAACCUGCAGGGUGGCCUGUGGGUCAGUGGUCAGGGGUCCUAGCCCCACACAUGAUAGGACACAUGAUUGGUGGUUCGUCGAAGACACAUGACCAAUGUCCAUGUCAUAGGACACGUGGCUGGCCCGAUGCCCGCAGGCUGGUCCAAGAGCUAAUUUAUUACUUUUACAAACCAGGUGUGUAUUUAUAGAUUGCACUUCCAGAGCAGCUAAGCCACGGCCUGUCUUCCACUCGGGACUGGGGCGAGGGGCGUGUCUGGGCACUGACCGGCCCCGUGAACCAAGCCAGGAUGAGCCUCAGUUCCCCCAUCAGUAAACUGGUGACCCGUCCCCUUAAGUGCUGACCUGCGCGGACUGUGGGCCCAGGUCCAGGCGGAGCCAGCUUGACCUGUGGAUGGAGGGGUCCCAGUGUCCGGUGUGAGGGACAAAGCCAGGUCUGAGCUAAUGAUGCAAGGCCGUGGGGUCCAGCCACUACCUCAGCGGGACCCGGUGGGCUCCCAGGGGCCGCAUGUGCUACACAGCGUUCCUGUUACUCCCAAGAGGGCGCCAGGAUGGCCCUGCUACCCUCGAAGCCACGUGUGACCAAUAAAUGUGAUGGCUCCCCA